AUGAACGUUGUCCGCUCCACCCUGAGCACAUGGAGGGAACGUCUCGCCCCGGUAUCCCACACCUCAACCUUCCGCUCCACAGGCCAAAUUACACCCGAAGAGUUCGUCCUCGCAGGCGACUAUCUAGUAUACAAGUUCCCCACAUGGUCGUGGGAAGAUGCGAGUUCACUAGCAAAGCGUGCCCCGCAUCUACCACCCGGGAAACAGUUCCUAGUGACACGCGGGGUACCAUGCCAUCGGCGACUUGACGAUAACUUUGCGGGCGAUGCUGGUCAGGAAGAUGUCAUGGUUACUGAUGGGCUGAGUGGUGCUGGCGGUGGUGGGGGUGGGGUUGCGGGUGGUGGUGAUGAUGAGGGCUGGCUCCGAACUGGAGGGGGGAUGUCGGAUAGUCAUGCGGCGAGGAUAAAGGAUGUGCGGACGGUUGAUGAAGCAGGGAAUAUUGGGGAGAAAGAGGAGGAUGAGGAGGAGAUUCCGGAUAUGGAGGAAGAGGACGAUGAUGCAGAGGCUAUUAUAAGAGAACCGGCUGGGAAAGCGGGGACUGAUUCGCCCCUCCGAACCUACACACUCUACAUAACAUACAGCACCUACUACCGAACCCCGCGCCUGUAUCUUUCAGGAUAUCUCUCCCCUUCCGAGCCUCUUGCCCCGCACCUAAUGAUGGAAGACAUCGUCGGUGAUUACAAAGACAAAACAGUAACCCUAGAAGAUUUCCCCUUCUUCGAUGGCGGUGUGAAAAUGGCCAGUGUGCACCCCUGCCGCCAUGCAAGUGUGAUGAAAGUCCUCCUCGACCGUGCGGAAGCUGCCCUGAAACUUCGCCGCCAAAAGUUCAAAGAUGCUACAUCGACUGAGGACGUGAGACGUAAUAUGCCCUCGAAGGUUGAGAGUGGACUGGAGGGGCUGGUAGAUGAUACGUCCCGUCUGACAAUUUCUAGGGGACACCAGCAGCAGCAGCAGCAGCAGCAGCAGCAGCCGAUCGCAGCAGUGCCUCCGAGCGGUAAUGCGGGGGAUGAGUGGGAGGUGCUGCAGCAUGAGGGCGCGGAGGAGGAUGAUGACGAUGAGCAGCGCGUGGCGAUCCGGGUGGAUCAGUAUCUGGUUGUUUUCUUGAAGUUUAUUGCGAGUGUGACGCCUGGUAUUGAGCAUGAUUUUACGAUGGGGGUUUAG